CUGAUUGGGUUCCGUUAGUGUGGAUCAUGCUUUUAUAUUGAAAGUCUGACCAGAAUCCGCUUUCCGCCAAGCUUUGCCGAAACUAGCCGAACAUUACCGAGGAUAGGCGGAGUUUUUCAGCCGGGGUUCGGUUCGGGUUGAGGGUAAAGAUGGAACCGUAAAGACCCGGUCCAUCUCCGACCAGAACUCGGAGGUCUCUGCCGGCGGGCAGCAGCUCGGAGCGGCUCAUGAUCGGAGCCCGUUCGGUCGAGGCUCCAGACGACAUGUUGGAUCCAUCGGAUCAACCUGAUCCUGCUGAUGGCGCGUCCAAAGAGUCGGAGAGGGACAUCUACAUGCGCUUCAUGAAGUGCCACAAAUGCUACGACCUCAUCCCCACCAGCUCCAAACUGGUGGUGUUCGACACCACCCUGCAGGUGAAGAAGGCCUUCUUCGCUCUGGUUGCUAACGGAGUGAGGGCGGCGCCUCUGUGGGAGAGCAAGAAGCAAAGCUUUGUGGGGAUGCUGACCAUCACUGACUUCAUCAACAUCCUCACCAGAUACUACAAGUCACCCAUGGUGCAGAUCUAUGAGCUGGAGGAGCAUAAGAUUGAGACGUGGAGAGAGCUGUACCUGCAGGAGACCUUUAAACCUCUAGUCCACAUCUCACCUGAUGCCAGUGUGUUCGAAGCGGUUCAUUCUCUAAUAAAGAGCAAGAUCCAUCGACUUCCGGUCAUUGACCCGGUCAGCGGCAACGCUCUCUACAUCCUGACGCACAAGCGGAUCCUGAAGUUCCUGCAGCUCUUUGUGUGUGAGAUGCCAAUGCCAGCCUUCAUGAAGCAGACUUUGGAGGAACUUGCAGUUGGAACGUACUCAAACAUCGCCUACAUCCACCCUGACACCCCGCUCAUCACGGCCCUGUCCGUAUUCACUCAUCGCCGAGUCUCGGCGCUGCCUGUCGUAGAUGAUAAUGGGAAGGUGGUGGAUAUCUACUCCAAGUUUGACGUCAUUAACUUGGCAGCCGAAAAGACCUACAACAAUCUGGACAUGACGGUCACCCAGGCUCUCAGACACAGGUCACAGUACUUUGAAGGCGUCAUGAAGUGCAACAAACUGGAAACCCUGGAGACCAUCGUGGACCGGAUUGUGAAGGCAGAGGUCCACAGGCUGGUCGUUGUCGAUGACGAGUCUCGUAUUGUCGGCAUUGUGUCUCUAUCGGACAUCCUGCAAGCGCUGAUCCUGAUGCCUGCUGGUACAAACUUUACUCCUGUUUCCAGUCAUGAAUAUGUUUUAAUCGGGCAUCAUGGGAGGUGUAACAUAACUGCGAUCAAGAUCAACACCGGGUUACGAGAUAUUCUUGGUCCCAAAGUUUUUAGUUAUUGGUGAACACAGAUGUGAACA